UUGAGAAGUGUCCCUACUAAUUCAUCACAAGAGGAAUCAAUGAAGGAUCAAGAUGGUUUUAUAUUUGAUGACAAUGUUUCUGUUGAAUGGAUUGAGCCAUCCCCUACCCUAGCAAGCCCUUCAUACUAUAUAUCUUCCCAAGUUAAUCAUCAGUUGUGCUUAUGUAGCUUAAGUACUGGAGCUACUCAGUGCAAUUCCAGCAGUGAUGAAGGUGUUUAUAAAUGUAUUAUAAAAGGGAGUGAUGUGACUGAGACUUUACAAUUCACAUACUCAGUGUAUAAGCUUAUCACAGUCCCCAGUACUAGUGCUCCUGGAAACAAUGUUAUAAUAACAUCAUCAUCAUCUUAUCAAACGAUGAAAGUAUCAACAACAACUUUAUUAUCAACAGAAACAACAACAACAACAACAACAACGGUAAACAAUUUUUCAUCAGUUACUUCAGUUUUGUCAUCUUCAUUGAGUUCAACAACAUGUCCCUCAUCAGUUAAGAAUGAUCAGAACUCAACUCUACCAUAUUAUCGUGGCAUUGGUCUAUUAGCUACUACUAACCUGGUGACAUUCAUUGUAUUGGUAACUGGCUGUGUGUACAUAAUACACUCAAAAAAACAAACAAAGUAUGCAUUAGGAAGAUCAAGAGCUAAUGUUACUGUACAGAGUAACCCCAUAGGAUCAUUGAGUGUCAUCAACAUUGAAACUGAAAUACUAAAUGAAGAUUAUGGUUUAUGCUUGCACAAACAACAACAACAACAACAACAACAACAAGAGUCCUCCUAUCCUUCAAUAGAUAUAUACUCGUCUGUGGAUGAUCAAGAUUGCACUCAUUCAACUGCUAAUGAUAAUGAUGAAUAUGCUGUACCAGAUGAUCUGUUUGAGGUUAAGAGGAAAGGAUCUGACCCUCCUCCACCAGUACCCCCUCCUUAUGCUGGUAAAGGAAUUGAUAAGGUUGAAGAGAGAGUGAAUGGAGUUGGUAACAGCAGUAGUGUUGAUAAUUUUGAUUGUUUUUAUGCAACAAUUGGUAGCAAGGAGGAGGAGAAAGAACAAGCAAUUCCAACUAUUCCUUGUUAUGCUGCUUGCAAUAAUUUCAAUGUACCACCAUCUUCAGCACCAGCUUCAGCAGGUUUCUUUUUAAAUAAAAAUGAUGAGUAUAUAUCAAAUAUGUCCACUGUCCAUUAUUGUGAUCACUGUGAAUCACUGUGUUCAGCUGAUUGUAAACUAACACCAAAAUAUGGUAGUACUGUAUUAUGGUGCAUGAGAAGUGUCCCUACUAAUUCAUCACAAGAGGAAUCAAUGAAGGAUCAAGAUGGUUUUAUAUUUGAUGACAAUGUUUCUGUUGACUGGAUUGAGCCAUCACCUACCCUAGCAAGCCCUCCAUACUUAUCUUCCCAA